AUUACCUUUUAUAUUAAUAAUGUUAUUCUUCGAAGAAUUGGAAUCAAACCCAAAAGUUUUUAUCAAAAUGUUGAAAUCCGAAAUGCAACACCAAUUUUGGAUAACAAAAAAAGCAGUCCAGCGAAAGUUAGGCUCUAAGGAAGAUGAACACAUUAUUUCUUCAGAUGCAGAGCUCGAUGCAAAAAUAGAAAUAUUGAAAUCAAUAUCUGACACAAGCUGUGAACUUAGUAAGAUAAUCGAACAAUAUCAGGAGCGCCUUUGUGUUUUAUCACAAGAGGAGUGUGUAUUUGGUAGAUUUUUGAAAGAAGUUGGUAAACGUAGUAAGACUACAGGCGCUAGCAUAACUAACACUGGUAAAGCAGUUUCAUAUUGCGGUCAACAACGAAUGUGUGUUCGUGUCCCUCUAUUAAGACUACAGCAUGAAGUCGAUGUUUUUCGGGUAAGAGCUGUUCGCGACACACAAAUUACCAUUCAAAAUAUGGAAAAGGAGCGAACCGAGUAUCGGGCUGCACUAUCGUGGAUGAAAUCGGCAAGCUCUGAACUAGAUCCUGACACAGGUAAAGGGCUUGAGAAAUUUCGAACUGCUCAGUCACAUGUUCGUACAGCAAAACGAAAUUUUGAUAGCCUCUCUUUAGACUCAGUGCAAAAGAUUGAUCUGUUAGCUGCUGCAAGAUGUAACAUGUAUUCGCAUGCAUUGGUAUCCUAUAUGUCGGAACUUAAACAAUUUGCACAAAAAACUGCAAGUACUUUUGAAGCGAUUGCUAAGACGUUGGGCGAAAAAAAAACUAAGUAUGACUUUUGUGUAUUGAAGGAUCUUACGCAAAACGAAGUGGAAGAAUGUAAUGAAAACAGAACUGAUGUGGCAACUGUUGAUAAGGAUCAGACAUUGUUCUUUGCUGAUGAUUAUAUAGACGAGAGAAAAACUAAUAAAUGCGAUGAUUCGAAUACAACAGAAAGUCCACAAACAGAAUUAAUUGAGCUUUCGCAGCAGUUGGAAAGCUUACUUUUACCAAACGAUUCCCUUCAAACAAAUUUAUUUGAUAGUUCUACAUUCUGGCCUAAAGCAUUUUCCAAACAAUCUUCAGAGCAUAUAUCGCUUACAAGCACAAGCUCAACCGUUACUGAUACACACUCCAAUGAAAACCGACAAACUUCAUUAAAGAAAGAUGAAAAUCAAAAGGUUAAAUCCAAUCACUGGUUUGAUCUUUUUGCUGAUUUGGACCCUCUGGCAAAUCCAGAAGCAUUUGAUUUAAAACUGAAUUGUGGACGCACUAAUUUUCAACAAACUUAAAUUUGAAACUAAGAUAAU